AUGCCUGUAACGACAGGUCUCUCCCCGGCUGAGCGCUCUUACCUCUACACCUCCCUCUCCCAGUCAAUCCGCCCAGAUUUCCGCUCCUUAACGACCUUCAGACCCCAAACCUUCCAAACAGACAUCCUCCCCACCGCAAACGGCUCCGCACGCGUCCGCUGGGGCGGCGCAGUCGGUGCAGCAGUAGCCGGCGGUGUAUCCGGUGCGGGCGUCGGUGAAGUCAUCGUGGGCGUCAAAGCCGAAAUCGGACCCUCGCAGUUAUUAGAUGACGGGUCAGGGAGGAAGGGUGGAUUGGUGAAUGUCAAUGUCGAGAUAACACCCAACGCGGACCCGAACACAACACGAGACGAUGACCCCCUCCCCACUCUCCUCUCAACAUUUCUCUCCCAAACUCUCAUCCCUGCAGCGAUCCCCUCUACCGCCCUCACACUCGGCCCCGAACGCGCAUGGCACAUCUACAUCGAUUGCGCAAUCCUCUCGACAUCUGGACAUCCUCUACCUGCGUUGUCUCUUGCAGUGAGGUUGGCGAUGAUGACGACGAGGUUACCACGCGUGACGCUCACCUCCGACAUUGACAGAGAAGCCGCACAAGUCGCUUCAACAGGCGGUACAAACAUCCGCGAAGCCGUCAUCGAUCUCGAUAUUGACGAUGACUGGGAUGCAGCGACUCCAAUCCCGGGCGUGGAGAAUCUGGGCGUAGUGUCGAUCGCGAACGUGGUGGGCCGUGCAGUGUUCUUCGAUGCGGCACCGGGGGAGGAGGAGGUUUGUGAUGCGCGGGUUGCCGUUGCUGUGGGCGCGGAUGGAGACGUCGUUGGUGUACGGAUGUUUGGUGGAGCGAAAGGUGUGGGGCCGGAGAUGGUUAAGGAGGCAGUGAAGGCUGCACAGCUGGUUGGUGUUGAGGUUGUUAAGGGAUCAUCACAGGGACUUGAAAGCAGUCACGAUACGGGAGGGUUCUUUGCGAUUAUGUGA